GGUUGCCACAAAAAGGAUGUGAGAAAGAGGAGGCGAGCGUUUUCUGCAGUAGGCAUGCGUCUCUGUUAGGCUGCAGUUUGUAUUUGUGAAGUUAUGCAUCUGCAAUUAAAUGCAGUGAACAAAAUAAUUUAACAUUUUUUUGUUUUUUUUGUUUUUGUUUAUUUUCGCGGUUUAUUGUUUUUUUUUUUAACGUGAAUAAUACCACAGGCAACUGCUGGGAUUAGAUUGAUUGCUUUGAGUCUUCAUCUGCGGUUGACCGAAAAAACAACAGCUAUAAAUCUGGACAGAGCCUUGCCUUAAUUUUCUGGUUAUUAAUAUUGUUGUUGUUAAGACAGCGUAUUACAGCCUUAUGCUUUAGUUUUAAAGAUUUUGAUGAAUUAGUGGUUACAUUUAAUAAAUUGUAACCCACUCAUAAUCUCUCGUGUUGUUGCAGUAUUGGUUUGGACAGGGGAAACUGGUCUAGGUGUAUUUUCAGAUGUACAAUAUUAAAGGGGACUAUGAAAAGACUGCAUUCAGCUAUCUGCAGUAACGGAUAUUGACUAGCGGCAUAAUAUACUCCAGCAACAUCAGUGGAAGAUCUAUGAGUAGUAAGUCUACCGUUAUUAAAAUAGAUUGACGGGGCAUUGUUUUGUCGCCUGCUUCGUCCGAGGAGGCAUCUGCAAUAGAGUUUUCACGAAAUAGAUCAGAUCAUUGAUAUUAGGUCUUGUUAUUCAGUCCUAUAACCACAUUUAAUUCACGUAAACUACAAGAAUGUCCCUAACCAGAAGUAUCGAACUGGAGCACUUCGAGGAACGAGACAAGGCGCACCGGUCUUCUCGAGGGACUGGCUCGGGAUCCCAGACUGGGUCCAAAGGAAACGGUCUCAUUCCUAGUCCAGCACACAGCGCCCACUGUAGCUUCUACCGUACCCGCACUCUACAGGCUCUCAGUUCGGAGAAGAAAGCCAAAAAAGUUCGCUUUUACCGAAAUGGAGAUAAAUAUUUCAAAGGUCUGGUUUAUGCGGUGUCAAAUGACCGGUUCAGAUCUUUUGACGCUUUGCUUAUGGAACUAACGAGGUCCCUUUCGGACAAUGUGAACCUGCCUCAGGGAGUCAGGACCAUAUACACGGUGGAUGGGUCCAGAAAGAUCACGAGCCUGGAAGAGCUAGCAGAAGGUGAAAGCUAUGUGUGUGCUUCCAACGAGCCCUACCGCAAGGUGGACUAUAUGAAGAACGUGAACCCCAACUGGUCAGUGAACAUCAAGGCAGGAGUAGCGCGCUCCCUCUCCUCCCUGAGCUCACUGAAGAGCGAGACAAGGGAGAGCAAAGACUUUAUCAAACCCAAACUGGUGACUGUGAUCCGCAGCGGGGUGAAGCCCCGGAAAGCUGUGCGGAUCCUCCUCAACAAGAAGACUGCCCACUCCUUCGACCAAGUCCUGACAGACAUCACUGAAGCCAUCAAGCUUGACUCAGGGGUGGUGAAGAGACUGUAUACCCUGGAUGGCAAACAGAUCACAUGUCUGCAGGACUUCUUUGGGGAUGACGAUGUUUUCAUUGCCUGUGGACCAGAGAAGUACCGUUAUGCUCAAGAUGACUUUGUUUUGGAUCACAGUGGUAAGGCUUCUGCAGCCUUUGUGACUGAGUGCCGGGUGAUGAAGUCUCCGUACGCACGCUCUACUACUCCUGGACGGCAGUCAGGAUCCAAGAGCCCCGGGCUCUCAAGACGCAGCAAGUCACCUGCUUCAGUAAGAAGAGCUGGACACUACUCAACAAGUUAUUCUCCAGUCAAAUCUCCAGUAAAUGGCACUCCUGGAAGCCAGAUGUCGACACCGAAGUCAACCAAAUCCUCCAGCUCCUCUCCAACUAGUCCUGGGAGCCUUCGCAGCCUCAAAAUUCCUCCCCAUCAUGGCUCUGCAUCUAAUGUGAAUGGUGCUGCUGAUCAAACCAAUUGUUUGAGCCCUGAAGCAGUUAAUGGGAACAAGUGCGUGCCAGCUUCAGUAAUCUUUGACAAAUACAGGAUUGGGAAGGUGAUUGGGGAUGGCAACUUUGCUGUUGUGAAGGAGUGUGUAGAACGGUCCACUGGAAAGGAGUUUGCACUGAAGAUAAUUGAUAAAGCCAAGUGCAGUGGAAAGGAGCACCUCAUUGAGAACGAGGUGGCAGUGCUGCGGAAGGUGAAACACCCCAACAUCAUCAUGUUGAUUGAGGAGGUGGAUACUGCGACAGAGCUUUACCUGGUGAUGGAGCUGGUCAAGGGAGGGGACCUGUUUGAUGCCAUCACUUCCUCAACGAAGUACACAGAGAGAGAUGCCAGUGCUAUGGUUUACAAUUUGGCCAGCGCCCUCAAAUACCUGCACUGCAUGAACAUUGUGCACAGGGACAUCAAGCCGGAGAACCUCUUGGUGUGUGAAUAUCCAGAUGGCACCAAGUCUUUGAAGCUGGGAGAUUUUGGCCUGGCCACAGUGGUAGAGGGACCUCUGUAUACUGUAUGUGGGACCCCCACCUAUGUAGCUCCAGAGAUCAUUGCAGAAACAGGCUAUGGUCUGAAGGUGGAUAUUUGGGCUGCUGGUGUCAUCACAUAUAUCCUUCUUUGUGGCUUCCCACCAUUUCGAAGUGAGAACAAUCUUCAAGAAGAUCUUUUUGACCAGAUUCUCAUUGGGCAUUUGGAGUUUCCCUCUCCCUACUGGGACAACAUUACUGACUCUGCUAAAGAGCUGAUAGGCAGGAUGUUGCAGGUGAAUGUUGAAGCUCGGUACACGGCUGAGCAGGUCCUGGCUCACCCCUGGGUAGCUGAUGAUGCUGCUAUGGAGAACAACAUGAAGAUGGAAGUCACAGGUAAACUAAAGAAGCACUUUAAUGCAGCACCAAAGCAGAACAACACUACAGCUGGUGUGUCUGUGAUAAUGAACACGGCUCUAGAUAAGGAGAAGCAGAUCUUAGUCAGCAAGCGCGGUCAAGAGGCCGGUGUGGUCAGAUCGGGGAAGAAGUUUCCACCCACCCAGCCCGAGGACCCCAAGACUCCCAGCACCGUCUCUGCUGCCUGCCUUACCGCCCCCACUGAGUCUACCCAGCAGUCCUUGGCCUCUCCCUCCACUAUUACCCACAUGAGCAUGGCGAGUGGCCCUGAGGCUGAGGCUGAGGCUGAGGCAGGGGAGCCCUGAGACACUGGGGAUCCCCCAGGAAAGCUGAAGGAAGCACGCUGCUAGAGGGCUGAGUGACCCCCCAUCUUCUCUUCUUCCUGAUCUGCUUCUCGCAUGUAGAGGCUCAUUGUUCUUUUACAGUGAACCUGCUCCUUCUGAAGCUGGCCACUUCUGAUGGUUUGCUCUAGCACAGUGAACUUAAAUGUUUUAUCUUAUUUUUCAAGACUCAAUAUUGUGUUUUGCUAUUUGACAUAUUAAAAGGGUUCUCCCCAGGCCUAUUCAGUUGCGUCCCUCCUGCUCUUGCAUUACUGUAGAGUUGAUUGCACUGGUGGCAAGAAAAGUAUGUGUAACCCUUCCCUUUAUAUCUUGUAAAUCUAAAAGUACCAUUGAAAGAACAAUGAUUAUUUUGUUGAAUAACAGCGAGAAGAACAUUUUAAAAGUACCCGAAAAGAAAUGAAGGGAAAACUUAUAUCUUUUAUGUGUUGUCUGCAGACCACAGAGGGAGCACACACCCCUUAUUGUGCAAGGAAAGUGCAGCACCUGUUUGUCCCAAAGUCCAGUGGAGAGCCAGUGUGUCUGCGGGUUAGUCAGGCCUCUUGAAAGCUGCAGCAUUUGAAGAUCUGGGAGAAGUUGUUCAGCUGGUCUUGUAUGUCAAUAACGAGCUGAAUCAGGGUGGUAGAAGCCCAGCUGAAAUGAAACCCUGCAAACAAACUGGCCCUCCAGGAUCUGGACUGGAUACUUGAUUUGAUCUGGGAGCUUAUGCAUUUUGUGUGUGUGUGUAAUGUUUUUCUUCACCAGAGGGCGCCAUUCACGAGCAAGAUGGAGAUGCAAUCAGGAAAAAAAAAUGCAAAGCUAGGUAGCUCAUACUGAGCUAACCAGCACUGGUGAAUGAUGACCUCGCUUGAUAAAAAGUUAAAAUCUCUUCUUCUUUCCACAUAGGAGUAACAAAGGUAUACACAUUCUGUAAAAAAUUGACUGGAUUUGUAUAUGUGAAUUUACCAAUUUGGAAAAUACAGGGCACGUGCAGUAGUGGAUAGAGCAAAAACUGCUGAGCCUGCAGAUUCUUUAUACAGUAUGUUCAAAUGUUGAUUUAGUUGCACCUUUAACAUUGUAUGUAAUUCCUUAUAUGAAAUAUAAGAAAUUAUAUAUAUAUAUGUUUUAUAAUUACCUGGAAGAUGAUUUUGUACUGCUACUGCGCCCAGACAUUAUUUAAUGUAGACCAUGGUACUGCAGAUCUGAGUUCAAUGGAAUGCUGUUAAAAUUCAGUCCCAUGGAUAAAGAAAAUUCCUGGGGAGAACCCUAAUAUACACAGAUAUAAUCUGCGGGUGGAAAGGAGGGUUAAUAUGGUUUCAUAUAGGUUUUCUAAGAUAUUUCAGAUUAUUUUUUCCCCCCAAAAUUGUACAUAAUUUAACCAACUGUUAUGUACUGUAUACACAUGCUAGAUUGUGGGAAUAUGAAAUAUGACAUGAUUUCAAUUUAAAUCUGAAUAAGUCAGAAAGAUCUUUGAAGUUAUUUUUAGUUCUAAAAUAAUAAUUUACAUUACUUCAAGAAGUAGUCAGAUCUGGACUCUUGCUCUUUCAUGCUAACUUGUGCUUUACGCCAAACAAAAAUAGAGGCAUACAUAAAAAAAUGCAAAUAGAAAAAAAACAACACAGUAGAAUGAAAGACUAUAAAGUUGGUACAAGCCCUGUAAAUGUGCAUACACCUGUCUGAAACCAUUGUUUAGACCGGAGGAAGAACAAGUGAUGAAGUCUCAUUUAUGAGCUGAAUAAAGGUAUUUAUUUGUACAAACUAAAAAAAUAGGUUGCUCUAGAGUUUAAAAGGUUUUUUUUUUUGCUGUAUUUAAAUUUUAUUUUUUUGUUCCUGUGUAGAAGUUUCUGCCUCUGAAUUUUAAAUGGUUUAAAACUAACACUAUGCUUGAAUGGCUGUUGUUAGCUGCAUGUCUCCUUCUCUACUACAUCCCAACAUAAAUCAGUAGCAUAAGAAACCAGGCAAAACAAUCAUCUGGAAUAGCCUGUCUAGCUUCCAGAAUCCAACUUCCUGUCAUGUCCUUUUUGGUUGUUCAUUUUAGAUGUACAUAUAGCAGUUUGGCCUGUUCGGCAAACCCUAAGUCCUAUUUCACCCUGAGAUCCUGACUUUAGAGAACAUGUGGAUGAGUGAAAGAACAAAAAUAUGAUUACUUUAGAGCUCAGCCUAAUAGGCUCUGAUCUUCAUUUCUCUUUAGGGUACAUUAUUUUUGUUGGUUUUACUGCAAUCUUUUAUAAUGUAUUAGGACAAUAAAUCUGAGAACUUCAUGCAAUAAAAAUCUCUCCUGAAAGACUCAA